UACAUUGUUGUAUAAAUAGAGCCCCGCGCACUAGAACGUUCUUUUGCUUUUGAGUGAAGUUGGGCGGAACACGUCGGGCAAAAUAUUAAGUUUUUUAAUUUCAUUAAAAAGUAUGGAAACCUAUCAAUUUAAUUUUAAUAAUAUGGAUGAAGGAAAGUCCAUAUUUACGACGGCAAGUGAUAGUCAAGCAACAAAUACAGCGGCUACUGAGAGUUUUGCACCAUCAGACAAUAGAAACUCCGGCAUCGGUCAAGGGAGCGUGUUUUCUCCGUUAGCGCCGCCGUUCCAGAGCCGAAUUACUGAAGAUCUCAUUUCCAUGGUGAAUCCGCAGGAGCCCCGAGCGGGCGACAUUGCGCCGUCUAGCUCUGAUAUUGAUGAAGUACUGAUGAAUCUACGCAUCAACAGCUCUGAUUCACUUUUCGAAGAUCCAGCGGAACAGAGUAAUCACAACUUUUUCAUGGGUUCUAGAUCCGAGUCUGUUGCAUCGGCGCCUGGGAAUAUUUGGUCUGAAAAUUCCACUCCAAAGAAUAACGAGAUGUUUGACAACUUCGAAUUUUUCCUCAAAACGUUGUCUUCAGCCAACACCUACGCGUCAAUGCUGACUCGUGAGCAACUGUCGGUGCUACAGUCCAUCCGCCCAAGCUUGCUCUUUGAGUUUCUGCAGGAAGUUGCCAGAAUACGCACUGAGAAGCGGAUGCAGAGGGCACUACCGCAUGAGUGCGCAUUCUGUAAGAAUAAUGGCGAGAACGAAGAGAAUUACUCGUCGCACGCGCUCAAAGACUGGCGCGGACGCGUGCAGUGUCCCGUGCUGCGAGCCUUCCGCUGCCCUCGCUGUGGAGCUACCGGAGACCGCGCGCACACAAUCAAGUACUGCCCGGCCAAUGAGAAUGGCAUGGAUCGCCAGGGUUCUCUGCUGCGACGUCGCUUAUCGUCCAACUCAUUCAUACUGGGCGAGAACGGCAGAACCGGGUACUCGGCGCCCUCCACCCCGGCCCAGUCCCCGUCGGCCACCUCUGCUUUCAACAACUCUUCCUUUUGGUCUAACUUUGGCGUGAACUAAACUUUGAAAGUAUCUUUAAGUAUUGCGAAUUUGACAAGUCAAGUGUCCAUUAUACACUUUACUUGUGUUCACAGAUAUUUUCCGUAUAAUUUAUGUAUAAGCCAAAAUGUAUGGACAUUUUAUAGGUUCAUUAAAUCUAGUUUUUGAUAAUUAUCUCUGAUAAUGUAUUACAUUUUGAAGAGCACGACUUAGGAGCUGUUUCAUAAUUCUAUGAGGGCUACUAAAAAAUAGGUAUAUUAUACCUAUCAGUUUGUUAUAUCUAAAUACUUACGAUAAGGUAUAACGCCAUGGUUUUUUUACAUUUAAAAAUAUUUUUUACAAUUACUUAUAAACGUUGUAACAAUAUACGUCUCAUAUUUGGGUCGUCCGCCAAUUAGCAAAGGAAUGUUUACUUUACUAUUUUCAAAGUAGAAAAGUAAACAGCAGCGACAUUAGUUGAUCGAAUUAAAUGGUUCAAUACUGAAGUAUGCUGGACAUACUUUUGUUGAAAUGGUCCAAAAUCAACAGGCUCUGACGGCUCAACUCUUUAUUUUGUUCUAUUUUAAUUUUCAUUGGAUUUCAUAUUAUUCCCCAACUUGUUUGCCUUUUUAAACAAAUUAAUUUAUAAUAUUUCUUAAUAAACUCAAUUUAAUCAUUGCAAUCUAAAAUUUUCAAUCGAAUUUAUUGUUAAUAUCUAAUAGUUGAUUAAAUUAUAAAUGAAUUCAUGGAAAUUGCAUAAUUUUCAUCAGAACUAUUUACUGCAAUAAAUUGGCAUUAUAAAUUGUAUUAAUGUAUUUUAGCAGCAGCUUCACCAAUGAAAAUAAAUUUUCUUUUCUUAUUUACCUGUCAUUUUCGGUGUAGGGUAUCUUAAGUAUUCAUUUCUCUUUUUUUAAAUAAAACUAAGCAUUAA